AUGAAAGAACCACAAGAAAGACAGACCAGAUUUUAAUCAAAAGCAGAAGAAUGUGGAAUAUGUUAUAAUACAAUAGACUAAUAAGGACAACUAGAUAGUUGUAAUCACUCAUUUUGUUUAGCCUGUAUUCAAUAAUGGUCCAAUAUUGAGAACACCUGUCCCCUUUGUAAGUAGAAAUUCAAAUAGAUUGAAUAAAAGUGGAAAAGAGUACAUUAUAAAAGCCAUAAGAUUUCGAAGUAAAACUGUAAACAGAAUAAGUAAAACAUCAAUAUUAUCACUAGAAUUUUUGUGAAAGACAAAAGUCAAUCUCAAAAAGAGGAGUAUUUAAAUGUGCUAAUUGAAAUCCUGAAUGAAUUUAUUUUGGCUGAUAGUAUUUAUAAAUUCCCUACCUUAGUUAAUGCAUGA